GAUGCUCUUGCAAGCUCAACCAAAAGGGCUGAAAUCUGAGCAGCGGGAAAACGAGAGAAGAAAAAUGGGCAGUAGAACAAAUUUCUACAAGAAUCCUUCCAUCUCCUACAAGAAGGAUUUGAAUCUCUCCUCCGCUCUUCAGAACCUAAGAGCAUAUAAUAUUGCUACCGGUAAUGCUCCUCUGACCGAAGAACAACCACCUCCCGUCGUGAAGAAGAAUGAGAACCGGAAACGCCACCGGGAGCCAGAAUUGUCAAGUAAUCCAAAAUAUGAUGUUGGGUACAGUGACGGACCUAUGUCACAUCAAGAUUAUAUUGAGAGGAGAAGAAAAGAAGCAAAUAAAUCUCAACCUUACGAGAUCCUUAUGGAAGAUGUUUUGGGAACUUCCAGCUCGGGCUUGAACUUGGUAGGAUAUGAAAGUGAUGAGAGCACGUCUUCAGAAAGUGCAGUAAAGCAAGAUCAUCAAAAUUCCAGUCCCUUGAAUGAAUUUGAGGAAAUUAAGAGCAAAAACGAGCAAUGCUUCGCCAUUGCAGGAGAACCUGUUUGUGUAGUAUGUGGUAGAUAUGGAGAAUACAUAUGCAAUGAAACAAAUGAUGACAUCUGCAGCAUGGAGUGCAAAUUGAAGCUUUUGGAAAUUCUUAAACGGAGGGAGGAGUCUUCAAACAGUGAAGUGAAAGAUGUUGCAUUACCAGAAACUAAGCAUAUCUUGCCUUCCCCAGAGUUUGAGGAGGACACCUGGGAUUAUAAGAACCAUCGCUGGUCCAAAAAGAAAUCCAAUCUUUGUACUUAUGAAUGCUGGAAAUGUCAGAAGCCAGGACACCUUGCUGAAGAUUGUUUGGUUAAAACCAGUAACCAGGUAAUGCAACAAAAGACUUACAAUAUUAUACCCGGUGAUCUCCUUGGACUGUACAAAAGAUGUUACCAGAUAGGAAAAAAUUUGUCAACGGAAUUGUGCAACGAAUGCAGCUGUUCAUUUAGUUUGGCGACAUGUCUUGAUUGUAGCAGUGUUUACUGUGACAGUGCAGGUCAUUUAAAUGAGCAUAUCCACGCACACCCAACUCAUGGAUUAUAUUACUCGCAUAAACUCAAACGUCUUGUAAAAUGUUGCAAAUCAACAUGCAAGGUGACUGACAUUAAGGAUCUUCUGGUGUGUCAUUACUGUUUCAAUAAAGCUUUCGACAAGUUCUAUGAUAUGUAUACUGCAACUUGGAAGGGAGUUGGACUCUCAAUCAUAUCAGGUUCCAUUUGCUGCGAAGAUCACUUCACGUGGCAUCGGAUGAACUGUUUCAACGCGGAUGUUGAGGACAACGCCUAUAUCAUCAAUAGGAAUGCUCAAAAAGAUAAGUCCAUUUCCAUUAGUGAUUUCAUUUUCUGAGACGUCAAGAGUUCAAAGCAACUCAACUUGUUCCUUCUCUUUAACCUUCCCUCGUAGUUCCUAUAGCUUCAGAUCAAGAUGUAUUUAUGAGGAUUUAUUUGAUCCUGCGUUGGAGUUGGAGAACGUGGUGGACUGGGAAAAUCAUGUGCUACUCUCUCGUUCUUAAUUGGAUGUGUUCAAUUUGAGGAUUCGAUCAUCUUUUGUUGUUUUGUAUUUAUUCUUUUUAUUACGAAACAUGGGUUACUUGUUGGGAUUUGUAUUAAUUUUCAAGACCUCCCAUCAAAGGAGUAUUGAGAAUGGAAUAAGUUGCGAAUUUGAAUCUA